AUGUUGGAGAGGCAGUCUGUCUUACACCUCAGUGAUACAGCGAGCGGGAGGACAAUGCUGUCGCACGACCGUGCAACCUUGUCAGCGUUGGCUGAGCUGGCGGAUGUAGCACACAGGGAGUAUCAGGCAGGUGAUUACGAAAGGGCGGAGCAGCACUGCAUGCAAUUGUGGCACCAGGAUCCGGAGAAUACUUCAACGCUGUUGCUACUGAGCUCUAUACACUUCCAAUGCCGACGUCUUGAUAAGUCGGCAUACUUUAGUCAGCUAGCUAUCAAGCAAAAUCCGCUCAUGGCUGAAGCCUACUCCAACUUGGGAAAUGUGUUGAAAGAACGGGGACAACUAAAAGAAGCCAUCGAUAAUUAUCGUCAUGCACUGAAUAUAAAACCAGACUUCAUUGACGGCUAUAUUAAUCUAGCUGCAGCUCUUGUGGCGGCUGGAGAUACAGAAUCGGCCGUUAGUGCAUAUGCCACAGCCCUCCAGUGCAAUCCUGAUCUUUACUGUGUCAGGAGUGAUCUGGGCAAUCUGCUUAAAGCUCUGGGCCGUCUGGACGAGGCUAAAGUAAGACAUCCGCCGCGUGGGUGCUCUGCGCUGCGGCUUUGCGCUUAG